AAACAGUUGUUUUCUCAUCGUCUUGUCGCAGCCGAGCAGCGGUUUCUUCCUUAUUUUUACAUAUACAAAUAUUAAUAUACACGUGAGUCCUUGCACGCCAGAACAUUCUGCUGCGUGUUUAAUUCUAAAAUCAACAAAAACUUCCGAAACAUUACAAUUCUGAAAACUGAAAUCUUACAAGCAAAAGCUAAAGCAACCGAAACUCAAGACCAAAAUCCAACGCAAAUAAAAGAAGAAGAGAAACAAUUCAUUUUUCCGAUUCGAUUGUGCAAAAGAAGGGCGUAAUAGAAGAAAAAGAAAAAAUUCUGCUAAAUCGAAGUCCACUAAGGAAGAAAUGCAAAUUCCAGACGCGAAUAUCUUCGCCAAGCAAACAACAGCCUAAAGACAGCAGCAGCCUCUAGAAAAUCUCUCCCAGCAGCGACAACGACAUAAAGUGAAGAUCCAAACAUGAACCGCAAGAGUCUCUAUGUCACCUUCGUGGAUUCGCUCGGCCCGUACCUGAAAAUUUGCGGCCAGCUGAAUCCAGAUGCAAUGCGCAUCGUACGCACCAAGAUCCAGACGGUGUUGCCAACUUGCUUCACCACAAAUGCGUGCAACAUGCAAGCUGGGGCUAUGUGUCUGGCCAAGCGCUACGACGAAAUCUGCAGGGCUCGGAUUACGGCUGUGAUGAAUGUGGAAAACGUGCUCCAAAUCGAAUACAUCGAUUAUGGCUAUAUGGUUCUUGUCAAAGCCAAUGAGGUGUUCAUUCCCCAAAUUCCUGACACUCUAGAACAAAUACCUCCAUUAUGUUCGACAUUUAUUAUGCUUGGUGUUCUCUCUGAAUGGAGUAAGGAAGAUCUUCAAGAAAUCACUCGUUUGAUUGUCCAUCAAAAUCUUGAGAUUUCCAUUGACAUGGAACUCAAUCAAUUCAAAUUCAUACAAAUGAAAUGGCGAGAAUUCAAUUUUGCCGAAUAUCUUAUACUUCAGAAAAAGCUUGGUGCACCCGUUCAAAAUGAGAUUCUACGUGAUAAUUUUAUACGACUUUUGAAUAAGUCAAUGUAUACGGUACCAGCGAUUCAGGGAAAUACGCUUAUGAUUUGCAAUAACAACAACAAUAAUAUCUCCAUGUACACGAACAGAGAGAUUAUUUUGAAAAAUCCAGUAAGACCAACAACUUAUGCGGCGGCGGCGCCUAUGACCAACACUGCAAGAUAUCCAAACGCAUUUGGAAGCUUCAAUUCUAUUCCGCAGCAACCUGUUUAUCCACAACAAACCAUACGGAGUCCCUACACAAUGCCUUCGCAAAAGGACCUUUCGCCGAGAUAUAUUCGACCAACACCGCCGGCACCAUUGGAGGCACAGCGAUCGCCGGUGAAGCGAGGUCAGGCCACAUUCAAGUCGAACACUCUGGCCGUGGGCAACAUCUACGAAGUGUGUUGCAGCUUCGUCGAAAAUGGUCCGUGUCUCUUCUCCGUCCAACUGAUGACCGAACAGAGUAAACUUACCGACAUGAUGACACGCAUAGAAUCAGUCCCACUAAAACCGUUCUCUGAUAAACCGACUCUCGGAACAGCUUGCAUUGCUCGCUACUCUGAAGACGGUCAAUUGUACAGAGCUCUGAUAACGGGAGUCCAACCAACUGCCUGCAAAGUUACUUAUAUCGAUUAUGGCAAUGCUGAGAUUGUCCAGUUCCGUGAUCUCUAUGAAAUCCCCGAGGAAUAUUUGACAAACAAGGCUUUUGCCAUCCGCUUCACACUCUCCGGCUACAAGGAGCUGGAACCAAUCGAUGAGAGUCUGAAGAAAGCCUUUAAGGAGAUGGUACUCUUUAAAAACUGCACCUUGAAAGUGAUGCCGCUGGAGGGUCCACCACUUGUGCAAUACUGUGAAUUGAAAGUAAGUGAUAAAAAUGUCUUGGAAACACUGAGACAAAUUCAGCGUUGUCGGUUGGUGUUCCCUAAAGCUGAGGGCCUUGUGAACAACGAUGUUGUCGAGAUUCGAUACAUUGACUCGCCGAAACACUUCUAUGUCCAGAAGAUCUCGAACAUUGAGGAAUUUGAGAAGAUGAUGGAUGACAUGUUCGUCUAUUACAACAAGAAGCAAGUUGUUCCCAAUCAUUUGUCGAUUGGAACGCCCUGCAUGGUUAAAUACGAUAACGAAUGGUAUCGGGCUGAGGUGAUGCGUGCUGAUGGCAUGACGAUUGUUGUGAGACACGUCGACUUUGGCUAUGAACAAAAGGUUACCAAGAAUCUGCUGAGCACUGUGUCGGAGAAGCAUUUGAAGCUACCCCGACAAGCGAUUCAUUGCUGCCUGAAGGGCUUCGAAAACAAUGAAAUGACUCGAGAUCUUGCGACGGUACAGUUUGAAAUGUUGGCAGAGGAGUCGAAUCGCACUCGGCGUUCGUUCACAGUGAAGGUGUUCCGGGUUCAGCCGAACGGAGCUUUUCUGGUCAAUCUGUGCACCAAAGACUUGAAUGUCAUGAAGAAACUUUACAAGCUUAGUAUGCCCUUCGAUCAGUAUAUUUCCAUGGAGAAAGAUGAAUUCAAUACAACUCCAAAUGGUUACGAGAGAAAACCUCAACCUCAACAACAACAACAACAAACACCACAUCCAAUUCAAAUUCAGCAGCAGCAGCAACAUCAGCAGAAUCACCACCAACAACAACAUCAACCCUUGGAACAAAGAAAAUCAGGAAAUUACUUCAAUUCCACAGCAUUGCAAAGUGGUGGUAGCGACGAGAGAAAUGUUAAUCGGAACUCACAAGCUAGCAAUAUGUCCAUUGAAUGGGAUAAGAAUAGCUCGAGCUCAAUCGAAAAUAGAGACUCAAGAUCGAGUUCCAGUGAACAUAAGACUCGACGUUAUCCACAGCAUCAAGCAUCCCAAUUGAGAGGUGGUGGUGGUAAUAGAGGAGAUCAACGUUUGAAUAAGAGUAAUAGCUCAAGUGAUAAAAGAUCUAGUGGUUAUGAAGAUAAUAAAAAGGACAAGAUAAAUUACAACAACAAAAACAAGAAUAUGCCACCAAGGUUUUUGAAUUCUAAAAUGCAACAAGACUCGUCCUAUGUGGAUAAUAGACGACCCAAAGGAGGCAAUAUUCAAAAAGGACAAGACCGACCCUUCUACACCGCCGAAGGAGGAUAUUCUCAAUCAUCGAAAAAGCAAAACUCUACCACGUCCUCCCAACGUGACUCAACCGAAGACAAUGGAAUUCUCGAAAUAACCGUACUCGAAGAAUAUGUCCCAAUUGACAAAGAAUUUAUCAGACAAAAUAUUGAUGUGCCCGCUCGCGAGGAAGUAAUUAUCUGUUGGUGGAUUUCCCCUCAUCAAUUCUACACCCACUUAAAAUCAAGAACUCAGGAAUUCGAGAAGCUAAUGAAAAAAAUCCAAGAACACUACCGCAACAAGCCGAGUCGCCAAAUCCCUCUGAAAGUUGGUGCGAAUGUAAUUGCUCGCUAUCGCAAGGACAACAUAUUGUAUCGGGCGCGGGUAAUUGCAUGCAACCAAAUGCUGCGCAAAUACAAAGUGAUAUUUGUUGAUUUUGGCAAUCAGUCGACUGUCGGCGAUCAGGAUAUAUUCCAAGUGGAGAAACGUUUUUCCGAUUUUCCUCAAAUGGCAUAUCCCUGCUGUUUUGAUAAUAUCGUUUGUAAUUAUGAAAGUUCACACAUAAUCCAAUGCAUGGAGAAGUACUUACCAAUUGGAGCGGGGCUUCAUUGCGAAUAUCUGGAUCGCGAAGAUGACAUGUACUAUGUGAAUAUUAAUGUAAAUGGAGUUUCGUUGAAGAAUUCCCUAGUGAAAGAUGGUUUACUUUCAGAAAUUAGUCCAGAUAUUCGCUUGGAACUACUGCCUGGACAACAAAUUCGUGCCAAAAUAACUUCCAUCAAUACAAUGCUCAAUUUUAAAAUUCAAAUCGAAGGCUGUGAUGUUGACCUUUUAUGUUCCUACGAUGACGUUAGAUUUGUUAAAUCAAAUCCAAUUACGGCGCAAAAAUUCAAAGAUUUCUAUGAAGGAAAAUCCUGUGUGCUCAAUAUAUCACAUUUGACUGAUGACAAAGUUAUUGUUCUUCGACCGUUGCUUCCAUUACUGCUCGACGACAUAUCGACAAUCUACAUUUGCCCAAUUCCAUUGAUUUGGGAGAAAUUUAAAAUACGUGUUGUAUACGUAAGUUCCGUACACCGGCUUUACGGACAUCUUAUCUCAACCGAAGAUGAAGUACAUCAACUCCUCGAUGACUUAUUUAGUUACUAUGAUAAAAGUGGUGACCCUAUUGAUAGAUAUCAAAUUGACAACAUGUGUGCAGUUAAAUCUGAAGACGGCAAUUGGUAUCGUGCUAGGAUUUUAUCCAAAAAAUCUGCCCAUACCGUAAAUGUCCUAUACGUGGACUACGGCAAUACCGAACUAAUCGACAAUACUACGAAAACGAAAAUCAAACGACUCGAACCACAAUUCUACACAGACGGAGGACCUAGUGCCUUUGGCAUUGAACUAAAUAUACCAAUGCGAAGCUGCUUACAGGAAAACAAAACACAGACUGUGAUAGACGAGAUUAAAAAUUUAACUUCAGACCUUGAACUGACGGUGAAAGUGAUCGAGAUGCGACAAAAUCGACUUAUUUGUGACUUAUGCUCGGGCGAGAAGAAUAUUGUGUCAAUAUUGAAGGAGAAGGGCUUCACUCGAGGCAGAGAUGUGGGUUAUAUUCGAAGUCUGAUCGACAAGGAGCCACCCAAGCUCUUUGAAUACAUAGAAACGGUUGAUUUGACGGAAACCGAUGAAGAACAGACACUUGUUGCAAGUCCCGAUUCGACAAUGACGGAGAGAGAAAAGGUCAACGCUAAUCUGAUGAAAAUUGAGAAAAUCGUUGCCAAGGCAAAGGCUAUGGCGAAUUCACCGCGCAAGGAAAAACAGACGGAAAAAGUUGCAAUCGUUCCAGCAGAGAGUACAGCUCCGACAGUUGAGGCGAAAGAGACAGUGUCUUCAUCAGCGUCAGCGCCAGCAGUGUCAGCUGCCGACCCAGUGGAAGAUCCCUUCAAGCAUAUGGAAUCUGGUAUGUUGAGCCAUUGCGACAAUCCCGGAAGGUUCUUCAUUCAUCACAAGAGCAAGCUGGAUGAGUUACACAAGCUGCAGGAGAAUCUCCAGAUAGUUGCAAGUUCCCUGCCGCCAUUGAUGCGGAUAAUCAAAGGAGCCAACUGCAUUUCUCUGUAUUCGGUCGAUCAUCAAUGGUAUCGAGCCAAGAUCAUGGACAGCGAGCUUAUGGUAGUGCAAUUUAUUGACUAUGGCAACACAGAUGCCCUCUCAGACACAACUGACAUCAAGGAGAUGAGUGUCUUCCCCGACAUAGAACCUCUGUGCAUUCCCUGCGCUCUUGCAAUCAAACCUAAGGGAACAGCAGAUUGGGUUGAUGCAGCCAAUGCUUUCUUCAAUGUCUCCUACACCAAGACCAUUCAUUUCGAGUACAUAACCAAGAGCCCUACAAAGAAUUUCAUCCGUCUGUUCAUAGAUGGGGUCGACGUGGCCAAUAAGCUGAUCGAAGAUGGUUUUGCGAAACCCUUGGAAAUGGUGCGUUCAGGUGAGACUUGCUUCGUCAGUCACAUCAACAACCUGUCGGACUUCUAUAUCCAAAUGGAGCAAGAUGCCAAGGGCUUGGGAUUGAUCGAAUCGUAUCUGGCCGACAACGAGCAGCUUCCAGAGAUUGAAACCUUCACACGUGGACUUAUUUGUGCGGCGCUAUUCCCCGACGAUGAGAACUGGUACCGUGCCAAGCUGCUGGCCAAAAAAGAUGAUGGCUUUGAGGUGCUGUUCAUCGACUACGGCAACACAGCCAUUAGCCCUAAGGUAAAGGAAAUCUCACAAGACAUCGCUGAUUUGCCUUUCUUAUCGAAGAAGUGUGCUUUGCAACUGCCCGAAGAUUUGGCUUCCUGGUCGGAGGCAGCCGAAGAGAAGUUCUCUGAUAUUUCAGCCCUCGGCGAAACUGUCUUCGUUGUUGAGCUGAAGGAGCCAAGUGAUCAUGCCAUCGUGCACUUGUCGAUCGAUGGAAAAAAUAUCAUUGAGGACCUCGAACCGCUGUGUCAGAAAAAACCCUCCUCGGACGAGAUAAACACGAGUUUCUACACCACCAUGCAGUCGUCCAUGAGUGAGAGUUACAGUACUGGCGUCAGGGAUGCCACCAUCAGCCACGCCAAUUCGCCGUGCGAUUUUUACAUCCAAUACAACUCCGACGGACAUAAGUUGGACGACAUGACCACAACCCUCAAUGAGAUCGGCAUGAGUAAGUUGGAGAACCCAGAAGUUGGAACGCUUUGUGCGGCCGUGUUCCCAGACGAUGGCGCCUUGUAUAGGUCAAAGGUGUUGGAGGUUUGCGGAGAGAACGGUUGCCGUGUGGUAUUCAUUGAUUUUGGCAAUGAAUCAAUGACCCAAGAUCUCCGAGUGCUCCCGGAUGAUCUGAGAUGCAUGAAAGCAUUUUCAAAGCACUGCUCUUUGGAGAACGCUGAGAAGUUCUCCAGCAUCUCCGCUUCGGUUGAUGUUUUCAAUCUUUUGAUUGACGAAUGUGGAGGCAUAGUGAAGAUAGACCUUCUCAACGAUGAAUGUACCCCAGCGCUCAUAAAACUGUUUGCAAAUGGCGAAAAUGUCUGCGAGAAGCUCAACCGUUUGCUCGGAAUCGAGGGAAAUGCUGAAGAAUCACCCAUCAAAGAUGCCCUAGUCAGUCAUGUGAACUCGCCGAGCGAGUUUUACAUACAAUUAAAGUUUGAACGGGUCGAGCUGGAGAGGAUUUCUAAGGUUUUGGAAAAAGCUGGAGAUAUGGCAAAGCUGGAGAACCCCAAGCAGGGUGAUUUGUGUGCCGUUUUCUCGAAAGAAGAUGAGAUUUACAAUCGUGGCAGAGUCGUUAGGAAUAUUUGCGGCAAAGACUUUGAGGUGUUUUUGAUUGACUUUGGAAACACUGUGGUGGUCGAUGAUCUGAGAGAGAUUUCGCCGGAAUUAAAGGGUCUACAAGGCAUUGCAAGGAAGUGUCGCCUUCACGAUAUACCCGAGUGUGAUGAGACAAAAUUAAAGGAACAAUUUUCCUCCAUCUUGGAUGCCUACUUUGGAGAUAUAUUCCAGGUUGAGGUUGUUUCCAACGAUGAUGAAACUUUGUCUGUUAAUUUGUCCAUCAGGGACAAGAAUAUAUCAGAGGAACUGAAAGCUGCCGUGGAAAAUGGCAAGGUCGAGUCGGAAGCUGCUCCUUUGGAUGAAUGUCGGAAGUGUACGGUGAUUCAUGUCACAUCGCCGAACGAUUUCUACAUCCAGUUCACCGAUGAUGGACCUCAAGUUGAAAAAAUCACCGAAAGUCUCAUGGAUGCACACAAUUUCGAGCCAUUAGAAGACAUCCAUGUGGGCGCUAUAUGCAUAGCUCAGUUUCCGGACGAUGAGGCCUAUUACAGGGCGAAAAUUCUUUCCAUUCACGAUAAAGACUGUGAGGUAAUCUACCUCGAUUUUGGCAAUACAGCUGUUACGGACCAGCUUCGAAAGAUUCCCGAUGAAAUGCGCAAUAUCGAGCCAGCCGGAAAGCACUGCGCUCUCGAAAAACCAGCCGGAGUGGACUUCUGGUCGGAUGAAGUGAGCUACCGCUUCAGUGAACUUAUUGAUUCACGUUUCAGUGAAACAUUCCAAGUUGAGGUGUUGCGAAAAUCGACCGAUCCUCAAUUAGUCAGACUCUUCUAUCAGGAAACAAACAUCCUAACCGAGCUGCAAAAUAAGCCAAGUGUGAAUGAUGAAGAGAAUUCCAAGAAUGGAGAAGAAGAGACUACUCAGUAGAAAGCAUAUACAGGCUGGGACCCGAAUAGAACGGCAAAUAAAAACUCUAAACUUUUGGUGAAAGAGUGCGCAGUGCAGGUUUGUCGUGAUUAAAAGUGUUGCCAUCUUCGUCGUCGUAGAUCGCGCUUCUCUCGAUCACUUUUAUUGUCUUCAAACAUCCAUAAACACGAAGGUAGAACGCCCUUUUCUUAAUUUGUUUAAAUUAAUUUUAUUAUUUUUUCUAUAACGAAAAUAGUUGUUAUUUUGUUAGUUUUUUUUUUUAAUUUUGAGUGAGAAAUUCAAGGCGCCAUGUGAAAGUUUAGCAGCGGCGGCAACUAUUUAUUUUGGGUGAGGUGUUGGCGUUAAAGCGAUAAUUGGUGCUAACAACAUCCUCACUGAUUUAUAUUAAUUAUUUAUUUAUCGAGAAAAAAAUAUAAAUCAAUUAAAUAAUUUAUGAAUAUUACUUUUUUUAUACAAAAACAAAUAAGAAAAAAAACAAAUAUUUGGUAUUGAAAUGAAUUUCUAAUAUACAAGAGAAAUAUAUAAAUAUAUAACAAAAAAAAAACAAAGAAAACAAUUAUUAACAUUUAUUUAAUUAACAUAAAGUAAAUAAUGCAAAAUACAACUAACUUUAGUUUCCCACUUUAAACAAAAAUUGAACUUUUAAUAUUUUAAUUUUAUUUUUUCAUUUAGUAAUUUUUUUCUUUUUUUUUUAAAUCAUAAUUCUUUUUAAAUUUUUAUAUGUGUAAUAAUUGCAAGGCAAACAAAAAGCACUAAUCUGUAAUAAAAUAAAUACGUCGACUUUUAAGCAAUAAUAACUUUAAUUAAAACAACAAACAAGAAAAAAACCCUUCGACUUCUUCUAAAACAAAAAUAUUAAAAGAAAAAAAAAAACGAAAAAUUAAUUCAUACAUUUUUAAUAUAAAUCUAUUAUUUUGUAAAUAUUUAAAGAAUGUAAUGAUUUUGUUAUUUUUAUUGAAAUGCAAUAAAUUGAAUUUAAAUUAUUUAAUUUGGUAAAACCCGAGAGAA